AUGGAAUCAAAGUACAACACCCGAAAGUUCUCUAACCGUGUCCGCCCCAAGGACGAUGAUAUGAGCUCCACCCAACCCCAACAAGCAGACCAGCCAAGCAAUCUCGCUGACUUGGACCCCACCCAAGAGUUCACUGCGUCCUCCCAGGCCACCGAUACAAGCUCCCAACCUGCCACACAGGGUUAUAGUUCGAAAUAUCAUCUCGGCCAUGAUCAGCUGAGUCACCCGGAUGAGAGGGUUAGACCAGAUGAGUAA